CACAAACCGGAUUACAUAGUUUGAAUUCGGAAGGCUGUGGUUUCGCUAAUCCAAAAUCCAAGACCUGUGAGCUGUGAUAUUGGAGAGGUCAAAUAAUAAUUUCUUCAAAAAUGGCCUCAAAUGCGGCAAGAACUCAUUUAAUUAGGAAUUUACAGAGUCGCAACUACACAGCAUGUGCGGCGCGAAGCAUUGUGGGCGGAGCCUACAACCAGAAUGUGCACAUUGAAACCCUCCGCAACAAUGUGGUGUGCGCUGCCCUCGAAUCCCCCCUCCCCAUCAGCCGGGUAGCUGUCGUUGUCAAGGCCGGUUCACGCUACGACCCGACCGAUGUGCCAGGCCUUAGUCACGUGUUGCGUGCCUCGGCCGGCCUCACCACCAAGGGCGCAUCCACAUUCGCCAUCAUCCGGAACCUCCAGCAGAUGGGCGCCAACCUCCAGGUCACCGGCAGCAGGGACACCAUCACCUACACCAUCGAGGCCACCAGCGAUAAGAUUGAUGCCUCUUUGAAGUUCUUGAACGACGUUGUUACCUUGCAAGCAUUCAAGCCAUGGGAGCUGACCGAAAACAUCCCUCGCAUCAAGUACGAGCUUGCAUCUCUGCCUGCUGAGGCUAGAGCUUUGGAUCUUCUGCACAAGGCUGCCUACAGGAAAGGUCUGGGCAAUACACUGUAUGUCAAGCCUCACAGGAUUUCAAGCAUUGGAACAGAAACAUUGCAGCACCACGUGAACCAAUUCUUCACCUCCUCCAGGACGACAGUGAUCGGCCAGGGCGUCAGUGAGGGAUCACUGAAGAAGUUCGGCUCCGAACUGGAAUUGGCGGGUGGCAGUGCGGCGGGUGACGAUGCAGCCAAGUACCAGGGAGGAGUUGUGCACAAGGAUGCGCCCACCGGCAACCUCGUCACGGCUGUUGCUGUGGAGUCUGCUGGACUACAGAGCGACCAAGCCCUGGCUUUCUCAGUGCUGGCGUACGCAUUGGGCGGCCAGUCUAGCAUCGUUCAUUCGUCCGGGCAGACGCCUCUGGGAAAAGCCUUUGACCUGAAGCCGAUCGGCGCAUGCGCGUUCAACGCCCAGCAUGCUGACUCAGGUCUCUUCGGUAUCAUUGUCAAGGCGCCUGCUUCGCAUGCCAAAGAUGCGGCCAAGAAGGCAUACGAAGUAGCCACCGGCAAGCUGUCAGAUGCGGACAUCGACCGCGCCAAGAACCAGCUGAAGAGUGACAUCCUGCACGCCAGCCAAUCGGGCGAGUCCUUACUGGCUGAAGUGGCCACCCAGGUGCCCGUGCUCGGCACCUACGUCACAGCUGAUCAGCUGGUCGACAAAGUCAGCAAGGUGUCGGCUGCUGAUGUUCAUUCGGCGGCGAAGGCGUUUUCGUCAGGCAAGAAAUCGAUUGGCGCUUAUGGUGACGCCAGCGAGGCCCUCUAUAUCGAGGAUUUGUAAAUGUUUCAGUAAGAUGUAAUUUAUUAGAACAUUUGAAUGUUUUUGAGUAUUUAAAUGUAUCAAAAUAAAAUCUAUCCACCAGUAUGUUGUGAUGGCAUAUAUCGUAAAACUAAUCUAUCAGUGAUAUCGCUUUGUGUAGAUCUAUCAAGUUGUUUCGGUUGAGGGGAGAUCCUCAAUAAAUUUGUUUAAAACAAAAAAAAAAAA